GAUCCAACAGACGCCUCGGAUCCAACACUCGUGUGCCACGUCGUCGCGUGUGUCGUGGUGGCACGUGUGCAGCGAGAUGCCGCUUUCUCAUGUCACCCAUAUAAUAACUCCAAAACCCUAGUAGCAGAACUCACUGCGGUCCUUUCUACAAGCAGCUGUGAGGCGUCAACCUCUAUUUCUCUCUCUGCAUCUCCUCCUCCAAACAUGUCUCUUAUCGCAAACGAAGAUUUCCAGCACAUUCUUCGUGUUUUGAACACGAAUGUGGACGGGAAACAGAAGAUCAUGUUUGCUCUGACCUCCAUCAAAGGUAUUGGGAGGCGUUUCGCUAAUAUCGUCUGCAAGAAGGCCGAUGUCGACAUGAACAAGAGGGCUGGCGAAUUGUCUGCAGCGGAACUGGAGAAUCUCAUGGUGAUUGUUGCCAACCCUCGGCAAUUCAAAAUCCCAGAUUGGUUUUUGAACAGGAAGAAGGAUUAUAAGGAUGGGAGGUAUUCUCAGGUUGUCUCAAAUGCACUGGAUAUGAAGCUGAGAGAUGACUUGGAGCGACUGAAGAAAAUCAGGAACCACCGCGGUCUUAGGCACUACUGGGGUCUCCGUGUUCGCGGUCAGCACACCAAGACAACGGGCCGCAGAGGAAAGACGGUUGGUGUCUCCAAGAAGCGCUGAGCUUUUAUUUUUAUAUUUUCUCAACUAUAAGCUUGCUGUUAGAUGCUCAGGUGAGAAUUCUACUUUGAGCUUUGGGUCUUGCAUAGGUGGUUUUUAUAUUGUUCCUGUUUGUGUUUGUUUGAGAGGAGACUUAUUCGGCAUUGGCUUUGAAGAAUUCAUUAUAGGAUGUGGUUCUUUGAAUUGGAUGUCUCUUAUUUCUUUCCUGUC